UUUUUUUUAUGUUUUAGUGUUUGUUAUUAAUCCAAGUUAAAAGCAGCAGUUGUGUUCAUUUGUUCCCUUUUAUUUGUGGUUUUGGACAUUCUAGGGCUCAGGAUGCCUGCUGCUGUCGAGUGGGACGAUGUGAAGAAGCUGGACCCGGCGAACCUCCAUGAACGUUACAAGGAUGAACUGGACAGCGUCAUCGACCUUCUCACUUCGACAGAAGAGUGGGACGUGGAGCGCCGAGCUCGGGAGGACGUCAUCCACAUACUGCGAGUGUUUCAGGCCCUGCUCAAGAUGAAGAAUCAAGAAGCGACUUUGGCCGAACAGUUAGUUGAUGAACAAGAGAAAAAUGAAAAGACGCUUCUUGUCAAAGUGUCCAGACUGGAAGAAGAACUAACGUAUGCCGGCACGGGCCCAGAGAACCGCUUUCUGAGGAACGAGAUCCGGCAGCUGAAGGGCCAGCUGGUGCGCAAGGAGGAGAUGGUCAACCAGCUGAAGAAGGAAAUGAAAAGAGAGAAGAAAAACACGGAGAAGCUGCUUAUGCGAGCGGAGGCUGCCGAGGACGACCUGAAGAUGUUGAAAAGAGAGAACACACAGCUCCAGCAGGACGUGGACUUUUAUCAUGGACAGUUGGAGCUUAAGGAAUCAGAUGUGUCCAAAGAGGAGAACGCCGAGACUCAGAGGAAGCUUAUCUCAGCCAACCACCAGCUUUCCCAGUGCCUGGACGACCUUCAGCAAGCGGAGGACGAGAUCUCACGGUUGAAGGAAGACAACCUCCGCAUGCAGAAAUGUGUGAUGCAGUCGGCAAAGGAGAUGGAAAAUAUGAGCGAUGAGUACAACCAGAUCAAGAUGGCCGUCCACCACUGCGACACCGCGACUGACCAGCUGAGGAAAGAGAGGGAUCGUGCCGAGCUGCAAGUCAGAGAGCUGACGCAGAAGGUAAACGACAUGACGGAAGAGGAUGACCCCAUUAUUGCAGCAGUGGACGCUCAAGUGGACCAAUGGAAGAACGUGCUCUCUGAAAAGGACAAGGAGAUUUCAAUGUAUCAGCAGAUGAUCCGUGACCUUCAGCAGAAGUUGCGCAUGGCCCAGUUGGACAUGGACAGAAACAAUAUUCUUGCCUUGCAGCAGGCUGUGGAGGAGCGAGAUGAUCAGAUCAAUACCCUAAGAGAGCAAGUGGAGCAUUACACAGGCGAAAUGAAGAAGCAGACGCUGCUCAUGGAAAGUCUGAAGGUGCCCAAAAAGGAAAGUGGAAGUGCCUUUCUGGACACUCAAGCGCUGGUCCAUGAGAGAAAGUUGGAGGAGCUCACAUCCAAGUGGGAAGCUGCCGAGAUGAGAGCAGUGGAAGCGGAGGAGGCUUUAAAACGAGCCGAAGAUCACGCUGAGGAAAAAGACAGAGAGGUCAUUGAGGUCUCCAAGCGCCUGACAGAGUAUGAGCGUGGCACUUACGGCCUAGAAGAAGCCAUCAGGGAGAUCAAGGAGUGUAAAAUGCAAAUCCGAAGGAGAGAGUUGGAGUUAGAGGCCGUGACCAAAGAGAUCAACCAAGCGUACAUAACAAACAACCAGCUCACCGAGGAAAAUGAAGAAUUCCGGGAAAGACUCGGCUAUGAACCCAGUCAGGAAGUGGACCUGAGCGAGUUCAGGCGAGCCAAAGGCCUGAAACAACGGCAGUACAAAGCUGAAAAUCAAAUCCUCAGUAAAGAGAUUGAGCGUCUUGAAGAGGAACGACUGGAGAUGAAGCAACAAGUCCGACAUCUGGCCAAGCGGACAGGGCUGCCACCGUCCGUCUUGGAGGAGGACAACGUCACACAAGGUGUAAAAUGGCCACAGACUCCGAUUCAAAACACCAACGCGAGCACAAACGAAGGGCUCCAAGCCAAGAGUGAACGCACGGAAGAAGCAGUGACGAUGCCGAAGAGGGAGGCAGAACUCAACAAGUACCAGUUCCAGCUUAAACUGGAGCAGCUAUCCAGAGAGAAAGGAGACCUGGAAGCUGCACUCAAAGACAUCCUCCAGGCUUUGAAGGCUAAAGACACCACAAACAUCCCCACUCUGAAAAGGCUGGCCAACCACAACCUGAAGGUCUUUGCCACUGACAUGGUGGUGAGCCUCCAAGAGGAACAUGCAAAGGCCCUCCAGGAGAAGACGAAAGCCGAAAAGGAGAACAGGAGGACCAAGAGGAAGGUGGACAAUCAGGAGCAGAGACUUCGAGAGAUGAAGGAGACCUGCACAUGUUUGGAGGAAAAACUAAAGGAGAAGUCCGGCCAUGAGGCAGAUAGCCAGGCUGCCCUGAAGAUGGCCCACAAGAGCGUCAAAGAGCUCCAAAUUCGCCUGAGCAAUAAAGAAGAUGUGAUCAAAAAGUACCUGAGCCAGCUGACUCAAGUUGGAAAGGAUCAAGAAGAGUUGAUAAAGACACACGCAGAGGAGAUGAAGACGUUGUAUCAGAAGUUGGACUCCAACAACAACAUGGCCCUGGAUCGUAUCAGACGGCAGGCAGCGGAAGCCAUGAAGAACCCCAGCAUGGCCACGUCGACAUCCAAACAUAUGGACCGCGUUGCCGAGUUGGAGCAGAUGGUGGCCGAACAGGACGUGUCGCUCGCAUCUGUCAACAGGAAGCUACAGAUGGCCGCCGCCGAGUCAGAGCGACACAAGGCGGCCUUGGAAACACAGGCCAAGAAACACGGCGAUGAGAUCUCCAGGUUGAAAAGGUCUCAUGCCGCGGAGUUGGAAGAUGUGAGCUUUGAUACCAAAGAUCAGAGGAGCCAAAUAGCAGAUUUAAAGAAGGAUAUGGACUCCCUCCAGAAUGAGCUCGAGAGCCAAAGGGAGGCCAAUGUUGUGUCGCACAGCAACACCAUGAAAAACAUUGUGGAACGCCUCAAGCUGCAGCUAGUCCACAAAGAGAAACAGAUCAAGGCUCUCAGCAAAGUUCUCAUCGGAAUGCGGACCCAGAUGACGUCUGCCGCAGAACAACAAGUCUUGGUCAACACUGCACAGACUGAGGAGAAAAUCAACAUUCAGAAGUUGGUCGACAAGCACACAAUAGACCUGAAAGCUCAGGUGCAGGAGUUGAGCGACCAACUGGAAGUGGCAAAUGAUUCGUCUCGAAAGGGCGAGAACAAACUGAAGGCUCAGGUGGACAACCUGAACAAGAAGCUGAAGAGGAGCCUUAGCAGUCAGAAGGCGCUCCGCACUCAAUUGGAGGGGAAAGAACAAGAGUUCCACGAGUUGGAGAAGCAAAUCAAGAGCCGGAGUGACCCCGCUCAGAGCAAAGAGAAAGUAGUGCAAUGGGAGGAGGCUAAGAAGUGGCGAGCCAGGUUGGACAAGGUCAAGAACGUUCUGAAGGACAAGGAACAACAAAACUACUUCCUGUCGAGGCAACUCAAUUCUAUAAAAGACCUCUAUGCCAAGCUGGAGCGAGAGAAGAACACAACGCAGAAGAAGACCAAAGCUAGGGGAUUGACGGCAGAUCCGGUCGUAGAGAAGGAGACUCAGUUGAUCACUGCAAAGCAACACCAAACUGGGAAUGGCGAGGUCACCGAGAUGUUGAGCCAAUCCCUGGAGGAAAGACUCCGAUCCUUAGAAAACCACAUGUCCAGCAAGUCUCAGAAAGCAUCACUUGUACCAAAGAAAGACGGUGAGACUCCUUCACAAAGCGACGGGGACCUCCAGACGGAAAACCUCAAGCUGGUUUCAGACAAUCUGGAGCUGCCCCUCCACCUCGCGCAGGCUAACAUAGACCUGCCAAGAUUGAAGGAUAAAGUUGCAAAUCUGGAGGAGAUGUGCAGCGCACUGAAGAAUGACAAUGCUGGAAGUCUUUCUCAUACAUGCGAAGCUGACACAUUGAACAACCCUGACAACGUGGGGACAGGAACAGAUGUCACCAAGGAAGUCAGCAAACUGAAGAGAGACAGCGCAGAGCAGAAACAGGCGCCAGACGAGAACAGCGAUGUAAAUGGAGAGAUACCUAAAAGCGACAAAGAUAACGAAGAGCCAAGAAGUCCCUUGCAGGUGGCUGAAGCUGAGGAUAGCCACGUUUAAAGUGAUGUCGAAUUUCACUAUUCCAUAAUGUCCCCAUUGAAAAGUAUUUUUAAUUACCAAUAGGAUGAUUGCAGAGGGAAUUAUCUCUAGUUUUGCCUGUAACGACUGUAAAUGUGCUUUAUUUGUAAGCAUGAUCAGUGGUCUGACAAUUAAAGGGAAACAAAUGAAAAAAUAAUAUUAAUGUUGCUUUGAGGUCAUUUUAGUUUUUAUUUGAUCACAUGUGAAGUUGGUUUAUUUUAUAGUACAGCUAACAUAUACAGGAGCCAGUAUUUCGGCUCCUAGUGUAUACCUGACAAAAUUGCCUGGUUAAAAAGGGGAACAAAGUAAUAUCUGAAUAGAUUUUUGUAAAAAUAUAUAGGCCUAGGUUUUUAGUGUAUUUCAUGUCAAAAAACAAACCCAAAUAUUCCACUCGAUUGUGUUCAUUUGUGAUAUAGAGUAUGGGGCAAAAGUAGGCACCGGUAUGCAUUUAAAAAAAAAAAAAUUUUCAAUUGAGGAAGGGAAGAAGGACAGAUGACUAACUACAAAACUUAACCAAGGCUAAAAACUAUUUUUAAUUGACUAUUUUUAAACCCUUAUCCUGCCUUAAACCUCUAUUUUGAAUCCCUAAUCCUGUCUUGAAACAUUAGUUUGAAACUCUAAACCCUAACACUUGCCGGGAAAACCAAAUUUGAAACCUUAACCCUGGCUUAAACCCCUAUUUUGAAACCCAAAUCCUGCCUUGAGACCUUAGUUUG